AUGCUUGGCGAACGGAAACGAUUCGACACCUUCGAGGACUUGGAUGAUCUAAGGGACAUCAAGUUCAUUGUCGGUCCGGAGAAGAUAGAAUACAGCGUCCCCGAAGCCCGCUUCGCCAAUCUUUCGCCGCCCCUACGCGCCCUCCUGACGGGAGGCUUUCAAGAGUCCAGGGAGUGCAAUGUCAUCUGGGACGAUACUGAUCCAAUCACUUUCGUCCUGCUGGCACAAUUCGCCUGCCGAGGUGACUAUUCACUGCCGGAAUCCAAAGCUCUGCCUACGAAAGAGAAUGAGGCUCCUGAGGAUGGCGACGCACCCAAGAACUUGCCCCCUUCAAUGCAAGGAUACUUCUGGGCUACCGAACACAGAGGCUCACAACACCACUUUCCACCGCCUAUGGACCAGACUCAGGCUAUUCUGAAGAAGUUUACCGGCAUUGAGGCGUUCGAGAAAGCUUGCCGGCAUGUUGAACACCUGAGGCCAAUGUACAUGCACCACGUUCAGCUUUACUUUCUCGCUGACAAGUACGCCAUCGAAGAUCUCAAGAAGAUGUGCCUGGCUAGGAUCCGACAUUUCCUAUCGGAGUGUCCCGGGACCUUACAAUUGAAGACCGUCCUUUUCGAAUCCGUGCCGAUCAUCUAUUCAUGGACAGUCCAUGGGGACUCAUUACGGAGGCUUAUCACGCGGUACUUCCUCGCCAACAUGACUUGGAUCGAUACCGGUAAGAGGUUCAAGGAACUACGAAGAAUCACGCCUGAAUUUGGGCUUGACUUGCUCGACGAGAUUCCCCACAGCUACUGGAAGGAGUUGAGUGAGGGUCCUAGCGAACCAGCAGCUGAAGAAUAG